UAUUUAACACCAUCGAUAUACAUACAUAUCAUCAUCUUCAUCGUCUUCUCCACAAAAACCCAUCACAGAAACAACCGAUUAUUCACACUUCCUGCACUUCUUCUUCUUCAAACUUACAAUUUUCAAACACAUGGCGAUGCUUGAAACCUUAAUCAUUCUUUUUUAGCACUCCACCCUUCUCCUUUUCCUCUGUUUUCUUCAACAAUUGUUUUUUUCUGAUCGUUUACUAAUAAUCCCCCCCCCCCCUUAAUCGAUACAAUAUUGUUCCUUUUUUUUCCGAUCAGUCGUUUUAUUCCGGUUAAAAUCUUAGUCAUCGGUGAUUUUUUUUUGCAUCCGGUGACUUAAUUAGGAGAUUUUGAUCAUUUAUUUCGGAACCCUAAUUUCAGUUAUUAGUUAUGGAAUUAAAUUAAAUGAACCAACUUUUUAACUUUACCAUUUUGUUUUGUUUUUUAUUUUAGCGGUUGUAGGAUCUGCUAAUCAUUGAAUGUGUUUUUGUUUGUUCAAAUGAUGGCUUAAUUGUUUUUUUAGGGUUCGUUUGAUUUUAGGGGGAAUUUAAUUUUGGAUCACUGGAUGAUUGAUUGAUUGAUGGGUAUAACUCAAUUUUUGUGAAAUUUCCCUUUUUGAUGAUCGGAUUUGAAUCUGUUAUUGAUUUGAAUCUGUUGUUGAAUUAGAACUUUUAGUGUUUUUCUUUUUUGCACACAAAGUGUUUGAUGAAAUGUCACUGUCAUCAUUGACCCGGUUUUCGUGGUGGUAUUGGAGUAACGGGAAGGGUAACCAGGCGGUGAUCGGUUCGGGGGAUUCGAUGAAACCGUCUUCGAACAAGAAGAAAGAGGCAAGGUUAUCAUCAUCAUCUUCCUCUUCAAAAAAGGUGAAAAAGAAGUGGCAAAGUAGAGAAGAGAGGAAGAGAGUAAUGGAUAAAGAGUAUGAUGUUGUGUUGGUGCCUUCAGAUGGUGUUUGUUUAUCAGCAUCUGAUGAUGAUUCUUCCUAUGAUUCAGACUGGUCUGUUGGGUGGAUGGAGCCUCAUGCUCCUGAGUUUUUCAACAGUGAUGAUGAGGAUGCUGAUGCAGGUGCAGUUGCAGAUAACAGUUUUGCAGUUUUGGUUCCUUGUUAUAGAAAUGAUUGCAAGGCUUUUAAGAUGGAAGAACAGGCCAGUGACCAGUUCUUGAAUGUUCUUACUGAUUUCCCAAAUGGUUUUCCUGCUGGCGGUUGGGUUUCGGGCACAAUCUCCACAUCGUCUUCGGGUUCGGAUUGGGUCGAGAUCGGUUGACGUUGAACGGGGGGUGUGGGGAUCGGUUGAGGUUGAACGGGGGGUGUGGGGAUCGGUUGAGGUUGAACGGGUGGGAAGUUCCAAGCACCCCGCAUCAUCAUUUGUUGAAGAGCUUGAUUUUGGGAGAUUUGAGUGAAUUGGUUUGGCGAUUGUUGGAAUGAAGCAAACGCGUUCGAUGAAUAUUGGGAGAAUUGGUUCGGUUCUAGCGUUUGAUAAUAUCCCGGAACCGAAAAAACAUUUGGUUGGGUCGGAUUGUUGGGAGUAUUCGGGUUGUUCGAAGUGUUCGGGUUCUCCGGGUUGUUGAACGGAUCCAUGAAAAUUAUGUGGAAGAAGGUUGAGAGUAUAGUGGAAGGAGUGUAAAAAUUAUAUGAGAAAGAGGUGAAUUGUUGAGGUUAAUUUGGUGUUUGAUAGUGAAAAUGGAAGUAAAAUUUAUAUAAUUUAUUAAUAUAGCCGUUUGGAAUUAUUCAAAUUUUGGAAAUUUUCUUUUUUCUUUUUAUUUAUAACGGUCAUAAUCACAAGGGGGCCCACCAUAAACGCUUCGUCGCCAACGUCUACUUUCGGACGGAGAGGACGGAGACGGUAGGGGGCGGCACGGUGUUUGGACCGUCGCGGACCCGCGACGGGCCGGGGCCGACCCCCAUACCGUGUAGCCUGAAAAUGCCUUUGAUGUAUAUCAUCUUAGUUGUGGGGUCAGCUUCUGUAUUUCACUAUACUACUUGUUAAGUGUAUUGUCGCACUUAGGGUAUGAAUUUCUGACACGACAACACUAGUUUGGAUCUAGUCUAAAUGAGUUUGGGUAGAGUCUGCAACACGAUUAGCUAAACGGGUGGGUUUGGGUUGACCCAUUUUCUUAUGAAUUCUAUGAUAAUAUCGUGUUUUAUGCUAAUAAUAUCUUAAACUGAUUUGAGUAAUUUUUGGAAAAUAUUAAAUCGUGGAAGAUUAGUGCUCGUGUUACUGUAGAUCAAACGCAAUUGUUUUAUACACAUUCCUAUUUUGUUCUAAAUUUGUUAAUUGUUAUUUUAGAGUACUAAAAUGCAAAAAAAUAAAAUAUUUUUUUAAAGUUAAACGGGUGUCUGUCACAGUUUUCUGGUUCGUGUUGAGUUUAACCCGUCAGGCAGCGAAAACAACCCCUUUAGCACCCUCAGUUGCACUCGAUUGGCUGAUCUCUUGAUUUAAGAUGCCCAUGUAAACUUUAAAACCGUCUAAUUCAGUUCAUCUUGGAUAAU